UGAGGAUGUUCUCUUGAACUUUGACCCCCGUCUCUUCGUUUUGUUGUUCUCCGGCUAGCUUCACGUCUUCUCCGGCGAUGAGCGCGAUUCUUCCACGGAUCGAGCAGCUGUCGGCCCGGGUGAUUCGGGUUCUGGGCUGCAACCCGGGCCCGAUGACCCUGCAGGGAACCAACACGUACUUGGUCGGCACCGGGAAAAGACGGGUGCUGAUAGACACCGGGGAACCCUCUGUACCCGAAUACAUCAGCAGCCUGAAGCAGGCGCUGAAGCAGUUCAACACCAGCAUCCAGGAGAUCAUCGUCACACACUGGCAUCUGGACCACACGGGCGGAGUGGAGGACGUCUGCAGGGACGUGGCUGGUUCGGAGGUCAGAGUCUGCAAACUUCCUCGCUCCAGUCGAGCCCAUGAAACGGCCGGAAACAGGAGCUACACGUACCUGAAAGAUGGAGACGUCGUCCAGACAGAAGGAGCCACACUCAGAGUGCUUUUCACCCCGGGCCACACCGACGACCACAUGGCUCUGCUGCUGGAGGAGGAACAGGCGCUUUUCUCUGGAGACUGCAUCCUGGGUGAGGGCACGGCCGUGUUCGAGGAUCUGUACGACUACAUGAAGUCUCUGAACAUCCUGCUGGACUCUCAGGCCGACCUCAUCUACCCCGGUCACGGCCCGGUGGUUCAGGACGCUGCCUCUAAGAUCAGACACUACAUCAGCCACCGGGACCAACGAGAGCAGCAGAUCCUGGCAGCCGUUCAGGACGGAGCGGGAAAGCCUUUCUCCUCCAUGGAGCUCGUCAAGAUCGUCUACAAGGACACGCCUGAAUACCUGCACCAAGCCGCUGACGUGAACCUGGUUCAUCACUUAAAGAAACUGGAGAAAGAAGGAAAGAUCACUAUGGUGAAGGGAUCUUCACAGAGCAGCAAAUGGAAGAGUAACCUGUGAUCGACACGGAGAAGAAAUGGACUCAAACUGAUCUUUAAACGCCAAACGAUUGCCUUUCAGAAUGAUGUUUUUGAUUGAUCAAAGUGUGCUACUGGAAAAUCAAGACCUGUUAAAGCUAAAAUUUUGUCUCAAAGCUGAAUACAGAAGUAGCAUUACGAGUUAAUACUUUAGCUGACUUCUAAAACUCACCGUGGAGCAUUUUGAUGACUUAAAGUGACCGUGUAAUCAGCAGAGUUUGCUACACAAGGCCGUUUUUGCCUAUUUUCUGUCUCUUUUUGAACAGAUUUCAUAUUUACAGCUAUUGCAAGACAUUGUCAACUAAUAUACAAGCUCCUUUAACUUCAUAAAAACCUCACUUUUAGCGGUAGUAACUGCUCACAUGGAGUCUAUCAAGCUUAGCACUUCAGCUGACUUCUAAAACUCACCAUGGAGCAUUUUGAUGACUUAAAAUGACCAUUUUAUUCAUGGAGUUUGCCACACAAGGUUGAUUUUCCUUGUUUUCUGUCUCCUUUGACCAGAUUUCAUAUUUACAAAAAUUCCAAGUCAUUGACUGCUAAUAUAAAAACUCCUUUAACUUCAUAAAAACCACAUUUUUGGAGGUAGUAGCUGCUCUUGUGGAGUCUGUCAAGCUUAGCACUUUAGCUCACUUCAGAUGUGCCCUAAAAACUUAUUGUGGAGCAUUUUGAUGACUUAAAAUGACCAUUUUAUUAGUGGAAUCUGGUACACAAGGCGGAUUUUUUUUCCUUGUUUUCUGUCUCUCUUUGACCAGAUUUCAUAUUUACAGCUAUUGUAAGACGACGUCAGCUAAUUUAAAAGCUCCUUUAACUUCAUAAAAACCUCAUUUUUAGAGGUGGUUUCUGCUCACAUGGAGUUUUUGCAAGUUUAAUUUACAGACAGGAAUUAAGACUGGAUGUCCAGUGAUGCUUAUUAGCUUAUACAACAUAUUCUGUCCUGCAAAUCACUGUUAUUUAUGAAGCCAUGAAUGUCUCAAAGCAUUAAAUGAGCUGAUCUGAUCUUGCAUCUGUUUUCAGUGUUGAUGAUUAAACCCUCUGCUGCAGGCAGUUAGUCACUAGGUGGCAGCGUCUGCUAAUUCAUUUAAUUGAAUGGUCAGUUAUAUUUUUUUGCUCUUAUAAUACUGCAAAAAAAAAUGUGAGAAAUGUUCUAUUUUUUUUCUAAAACUUGUGACAAAUAAUGAAUGUAAAUGUGUGUCUGAAAAGAUUCUAAUAUUAAAUGACAAGAUGCUA